UGCGGGGUCCCGGCGUCGGCGGCGCGCGCGCUCCCUCCUCUCGGAGAGAGGGCUGUGGUAAAAGCCGUCCGGAAAAUGGCCGCCGCCGCCGCCGCCGCGCCGAGCGGAGGAGGAGGAGGAGGCGAGGAGGAGAGACUGGAAGAGAAGUCCGAAGACCAGGACCUCCAGAGCCUCAAGGACAAACCCCUGAAGUUUAAAAAGGUGAAGAAAGAUAAGAAGGAAGACAAGGAAGCCAAGCAUGAGCCCCUGCAGCCAUCAGCACACCACUCUGCUGAGCCAGCUGAGGCAGGCAAGGCGGAGACUUCAGAGGGCUCAGGCUCCGCCCCGGCUGUGCCGGAAGCGUCCGCCUCCCCCAAGCAGCGGCGCUCCAUCAUUCGAGACAGGGGGCCCAUGUAUGACGACCCCACCCUGCCUGAGGGCUGGACAAGGAAGCUUAAGCAGAGGAAGUCUGGUCGCUCUGCUGGGAAGUACGAUGUCUACUUGAUCAAUCCCCAGGGAAAAGCCUUCCGCUCCAAAGUGGAGUUGAUUGCAUACUUCGAAAAGGUAGGCGAUACCUCCCUGGACCCUAACGAUUUUGACUUCACGGUAACUGGGAGAGGGAGCCCCUCCCGGCGAGAGCAGAGACCACCUAAGAAGCCCAAAUCUCCCAAAGCUCCAGGGACUGGCAGAGGUCGGGGACGACCCAAGGGGAGUGGCUCAGCAAGACCCAAGGCGGCAGCCUCUGAAGGUGUUCAGGUGAAAAGGGUCUUGGAGAAGAGCCCUGGGAAGCUGCUGGUCAAGAUGCCCUUCCAGGCUGCACCUGGGGGCAAGGCGGAGGGGGGUGGGGCCACUACGUCAGCCCAGGUCAUGGUGAUCAAGCGCCCUGGCCGCAAGCGAAAAGCUGAGGCGGACCCCCAGGCCAUCCCCAAGAAACGGGGCCGGAAGCCCGGGAGUGUGGUGGCCGCCGCAGCUGCUGAGGCCAAGAAGAAGGCUGUGAAGGAGUCUUCCAUCCGCUCCGUGCAGGAGACCGUGCUCCCUAUCAAGAAGCGCAAGACCCGGGAGACGGUCAGCAUUGAGGUGAAGGAGGUGGUGAAGCCGCUGCUUGUGUCUACCCUCGGCGAGAAGAGCGGCAAGGGACUGAAGAGCUGCAAGAGCCCCGGGCGGAAGAGCAAGGAGAGCAGCCCCAAGGGGCGCGGUGGCAGCGCCUCGUCACCCCCCAAGAAGGAGCACCACCACCACCACCACCAUGCAGAGUCCCCAAAGGUGCCCGCGCCACCGCUGCCACCCCCGCCCCCACCCCUGCCUGAGCUCGAGAGCUCUGAGGACCCCGCCAGCCCCUCCGAGCCCCAGGACUUGAGUGGCGGCAUAUGCAAGGAGGAGAAGAUGCCCCGAGGAGGCUCGCUGGAGAGUGACGGCUGCCCCAAAGAGCCAGCUAAGACUCAGCCUGCGGUCACCAGCGCCACCCUGGCCCCGGCCCCGGCCCCAGUCCCGGUCCCGGUCCCGGCCCCGGCCCCAGCCCCAGCCCCAGCCCCGGCUGCAGAAAAGUACAAACACCGAGGGGAGGGAGAGCGCAAAGACAUUGUUUCAUCCUCCAUGCCAAGGCCAAACAGAGAGGAGCCUGUGGACAGCCGGACGCCCGUGACCGAGAGAGUUAGCUGACUUUACUCAGCGCGGAUUGCAAAGCAAACCAACAAGAAUAAAGGCAGCUGUUGUCUCUUCUCCUUAUGGGUAGGGCUCUGACAAAGCUUCCCGAUUAACUGAAAUAAAAAAUAUUUUUUUUUCUUUCAGUAAACUUAGAGUUUCGUGGCUUCAGGGUGGGAGUAGUUGGAGCAUUGGGGAUGUUUUUCUUACCGACAAGCACAGUCAGGUUGAAGACCUAACCAGGGCCAGAAGUAGCUUUGCACUUUUCUAAACUAGGCUCCUUCAACAAGGCUUGCUGCAGACACUACUGACCAGACAAGCUGUUGACCAGGCACCUGCCCUCCUACCCCACCCUCCCCCACCCCAGUUGCUAGGGACAUUAGGGACGGACAGCAGUUGAGAGGACCCUCUGGUUCGGUGCCAUCAGUGCCCUGCCCAUGGCGCCCUGGCUCCCCCAUCUCGCCCACCCCCAACAGCAGUGGAACAGGGAGGCUGAGCAGAGAGGCCGUCGAAUUCUUUAGAGAAGACGACGAGGAUGGCCAGUGGCUGUGGCCUGCCCCAUCCCUCACGUGGCAGCACAGGCCUGGCCCCAUACCAGCCCCAAUCCAAAAUGAUAUUUUGUAGGAGAGGCAAGUGGCACCUGUGUGCUCCAGCCCCAGCCCGGCUCAGGGAAAGCCCUGAACCGCAAGUGCAGGGUGGCCUGAGCUGUGGGAGAGGAUGCCCAGGGUUCUCGGCAGGUGGCACUAGAGAGGUCCUGUGCCCGCAGGCAGGACAGGUGCGGGCAGCCAGCCGCCUCACUGAGCUGGUGCUGCGCAGUGAGAUUCCUAGUUGCUCGGCGUAGCCUGAGCAGUAGCAAGGGGCUUGGGGAGCGGCUGAGGGACACAGGGAGGAGAGUCUCAAAACUGUUCUUCCAAUUACUUUCCAGUUCUCCUUAUAGGGACAGCAUAGAAUUAUUUGCACUAUUGAGUCUUCAUGUGCCCACUUCAAAACAAACGUGCUUCAAAAGCAGCCUGGCUUGAAUUGGGAUGCUGUGUCCCUCGAGCCAGUGGCCGUGAUGAUGUUGCGGACUCCCUGCAUCUGUACAUACCUGCGCUUGUUUUCAGGUGGGCUCAGCACAUAGGGUUCCCACGAAGCUCCGAAACUCUAACGUUUGCUGCAAUUUUAUAAGGACUUCCUGAUUGGUCUCUCCUCUGUCCUCCUAUCUCUGCCUUCCGUUCAGUUCUCCCGUCCUCCAUCUUCCUGUCUUCUAGCUCAUCCUCUCUCCAGGCAACCACAGUGCCCACCCACGCGCCGAGCCCACUCAGGUCAGCUCCACCCCCUAGAGCCUUUCUGGCCCUUUGGCCCCGCUGCCAGCCCCGCCACUGUCUGCGGCCUCGGAGGAGUGGAAGGCAGUGUGUCUUGCUCCCCAGGUAGCACCCUCUUCCCUGCUGAGAAAAAGGCAAAGGGCUUUACUCCUGCCCUGUAGGCCAUUCCUUCCCGGGACUUGAGGGAAGUGGGCCGGGGUGCUGGCCGCAUCGUGUCCAGGGGCCGGCCUGCCACGUUCACCAGUGAGCCCGGCGGGGCUAGCAGCACAUGGCAGGACACCAGGUGACUCCACCUGACCUGGAACUGGGACUGGCCCCGGGCCCCAGCCGCCCCCGCUCACCCUUCCCAU